AUGGUCGAGUUCAAUUACAACAAUGAGGUCGUGUCCUCGCCUACAGUCAUCGUCUCGGGCCGCACUCAUGUUCUGAAAGGUAUUAUUCAAUUUGUGAACAACGGGAACAAAGUAUACCCUCCGCUAGUCUUUGAGGUUAACAACGGACAGUUCAAGGCAAUUCUCCAUGUGAGUCCUGGUGAGCCCAACAACUACGACGUCAAUGUGUACGACAGUGGCUCUAUAGACUGGCAGGGAUUUGCCAGAGACUUGCGUAAUGUAGCUGAUAGAGGAUCACUCACGCUCCACUAUAACGAAUUGCCAGAGAACAAACCAAUCCACUUUUGUGUGAUUCUUGGUCGUGACUCCGAUGGCCGUUACGAUAUGCCAAAGUAUAAACUCCAGCGUGGUGAGGUAGCAAACCUAGACACUGCUAUCCAACGACUCAAGGUUGCUGGAAGGCUAAUGCAAGCAUUCACCCAGGACGAAUUCCACAGACUCGGGUUGAGCAAUCGUACGUUUCCUUUCGUAGAAGAGUCGACUCAUUCUCAGAGAGUGUUCGGUUACGACCUAGACUCUACUGUUCCUCACAAUGAAGUGAAAAUCCAUGUCAUUCGCUCUCCCAAGACAGUCGAGGAGCUCAGAAACCCUGACUAUGCCCAGCAGAAUCCAGACGCCAAGGACAAUGGCUUUUUGUUUUCACACGCAAUAGAUUUGGUUUACAAUAGCGACAUGAUCAAGCCCUACAGAGAGAGGAACACUCCUAUACAAUGCGCUGUGAUGUACUUAGAUUCAACCUGGAACGGGCGCUAUAUCACCACUCAUGCUGCGUUGGGCGGUGGUACUGGAGAGGUCAAAAUGGCAGUCUUCGGAUCCCACGGUCUUCAUUCUUAUCCUUUGAACUUUCUUCAGGUGGGACCAGGUUUCGUAGACGAUACUAGACUUUCGAAGGAUGAAGUUGCCAAUGACUGUGACCAAUGCUCAACGUCCUGGGAAUGCUUCAACAUCUGUUUAGGCGCUCAAAUGCAUGAAAUUGGCCAUCUGUUGGGAAGUCCCCAUCAAACUGAUGGAGUGAUGCUUCGAGACUACAUUUGGUGGAACCGUCUGUUUAUGACUCGUGAAGCAUACUGUGACAGAGAUAAAUCUACGGAACAGAUCAUUGGCUCGAAUGGUGAGUUUGCGCAAACUUGUCAUUGGAACAUAAGAGAUAUCAUACGCUAUUUCUACCACGACUCUUUCACCAUUCCAGUGGAUAAGAAUGAUCCUGGAUUUGGGAAAAUUCGCGAUACCUACAUGAACCCUACGGACCUUGGUCCUACCCCAUCAAUCUUCAUUCUUGAGCCCGGUGUUGUCUCAGUUCGAUCCCAAAGCGGUAUCUUCAUGGUCGAACUUGUUGGAGAUGACUUGGCGAGAUACCAUAUUGCCUAUUACCCAAAAAGCUACGGUGGUACUGGACUUCAACACGAGCUCUAUUUCAAUUUCGAUGAACUCAAUCAUCAUUUCCAUAAGAGUUGGGAUCAAGCCUCAGACAAUUUCAGUGUCCGUAUCAUGAGUUGUGCUGGUGAUCUUUAUAUUGAUAACUUCAAGAAUAGCUGUUAUCCAUCUCAGGAUUCCGUUAUCAGGAGUGACUUCGGUUUGGGCCAUGGUGUUAUAGAUGGGUACAAAGGACAAUUGUUGGGCUCUCCGAAUGGAGACAUGUCGUUUAUAGGUGUGGAUUUUUCCAGAGUUUACAAGGUAAGAAUCCACCACGGCGACGCUUUAGAUGGCAUAACUUUCUUCAUGAGUGAAGGUACGGGAUCGCUGCAGCCACCGGUACCAAAAAGAAAUUAUUUGCAUAAAUUAGUUGGUGGCUCAAAGGAGCAGAAAGUCAUGUCCAAUGUCGCUUCCGGAGAGGUAACUGUUGGCCAAAGAAGUGGACAUAGCACAGAUUUCGAUUUGCAGUCUGGCGAACGUAUUUCCAAGCUCCAUUUCAGAAGUGGACAAUGGAUUGAUGCUGUCCAAGUUGAGACCGAUAGAGGAAGAACCAGUCCCAUGUGUGGAAAUGCCAAUGGGGGUCUGUUAGCGACACUUGCGGCACCAACACCGCUGCAUCAAAUCAUUGGAUUUUAUGCCUAUGUUGGGCAAUGGCUUGAUGGCAUUGGUGUAAUCUACACUUCAUAA